GAGUUCUGUAUUUAGGUGCACAGGUCGUUAGGUGUUUAUUCUACCUAGGCACUUAUUUGCUUUCCUGUUGCCCCCAUCGCGGAACGUCAAGUCUACGAAAAAGAGGAGGCUCGCCUGCAGUUCCUCCACCGCACUCACGAACCCACCCCAGCCGGGACUUAAUACGCAGCUACAGCAGCACCUACCGCCCCAGCGCCCCUCGGCCCACUGCCGGAAUCGAGGGAAGCACCACCGAGUCAGUCCUCCGGACUCCUAGAGAGAACCCGGAAGUGCCCCGCAGCUGGCGCGGGCUCUUCCGGCCGGGACGGCUGCGCUUUUGUCCCGCUGGCAGUUGGCCUCCUGCGGCGCCGCCUCAGCCAGAGGGACGAUGUGGAGACCACUGGCCCAGGUGCGGAUCGAGCCCCGGGGCGGUGCUUCCCGGGCCUUCGCCUGGGGCAGCUCGCCUGUGCGCAGACGGGGGCGCGUCCGAAGGAGGUGGCCUGCCAUGGGCCCCGCAGACUGGGAGUAAACUGGGGAGAAGGCCGAAGAGUCUCCAGACGCGGCGACAGCCUAGGGGAAGCCAGGCGCUGGGAUGUGAGAGAUGACGGCGGCCGGGGCUGCAUGUGAGGCUUGAAGACAUUUGGACUAAGCCACUAGGAGUGUUUUCUUUUUGAAAGCAAAAGGGUUAUUUUUGUUGUUUUUAAUGUUUAAAUCUGUAAUAUAGUCAUAUGGUUCAGCUGUUUAAAAUAUGAAGAAGUUUUCAGCGAAAAGGUUUCCUCCUGCGCACCAUCUUCCUAGGCCCGACCUGUUAGUGUCACAUUACAAGACGAGGGGCACUGAGGAUGAGGAAUCAACUGAAAACUGUGAAAAUGUUGGGAAUGCAGAACUUCUGUGGCUAAAAGUGGAAGGCCUUCACAAGGAUCAUGUUCAGGAGUCUAAGGUCGAUGGAACCUGUGGUUGGGAUGGCAAAGUAGAGAACCAGUCAGAAAAGCCUGAUGGGAAAAGAAUGAAGGAAGACAAAAGUGGCAUCAGGGAAAGGAUUGGAAAACCCCCAAACACAGCAAAUAUAAAGACAGAACAGGAAGAAGACGUGGUGUCUGAGAAAAGCUUACAUCUGAGCUCAAAGCACGUUACACACCAGACCAUCCCUAUCAAACAGAAAAGCAAUGAGCAAGGCACAUGUGCAGAGAAUGUGAAUGGAAGCUCUCAUCCCCAUCUGAACCAGGACACCAGUGCUGUUAAGAAAUCUCAUAAAUGUGAUGAGUGUGGGAAAUCCUUCAAAUAUAACUCCCGCCUUGUUCAACACAAAAUUAUGCACAGUGGGGAAAAACGCUAUGAGUGCAGUGACUGUGGAGGGGCUUUUCGGAGCAGCUCCAGCCUUCGAGUUCAUAAGCGAAUCCACACUGGGGAGAAGCCGUACAAGUGUGAGGAGUGUGGGAAAGCCUACAUGUCCUACUCCAGCCUUAUAAACCAUAAAAGCACCCAUUCUGGGGAGAAGAACUGCAAAUGUGAUGAGUGUGGGAAAUCUUUCAAUUACAGCUCUGUUUUAGACCAGCAUAAGAGGAUCCACACUGGGGAGAAGCCCUAUGAAUGUGGUGAGUGUGGGAAGGCCUUCAGGAACAGCUCUGGCCUCAGAGUCCACAAAAGGAUCCACACAGGGGAGAAGCCCUAUGAAUGUGACAUCUGUGGGAAAACCUUCAGUAAUAGCUCUGGCCUCAGGGUUCACAAAAGGAUCCACACAGGUGAAAAGCCCUAUGAAUGUGAUGAAUGUGGGAAGGCCUUCAUUACUUGCAGAACACUUCUAAACCAUAAAAGCAUCCACUUUGGAGAUAAACCUUACAAAUGUGAUGAGUGUGAGAAAUCGUUUAAUUAUAGCUCUCUCCUCAUUCAGCAUAAAGUCAUCCACACUGGAGAGAAACCUUAUGAAUGUGAUGAAUGUGGGAAGGCCUUCAGGAAUAGUUCAGGCCUUAUCGUGCAUAAAAGGAUUCACACAGGAGAGAAACCUUACAAAUGUGAUGUCUGUGGCAAAGCAUUCAGCUAUAGCUCAGGCCUUGCAGUUCAUAAAAGCAUUCACCCUGGGAAGAAAGCUCAUGAGUGUAAGGAAUGUGGAAAAUCCUUCAGCUAUAACUCACUUCUUCUUCAGCAUAAGACCAUUCACACUGGAGAAAGACCUUAUGUAUGUGAUGUGUGUGGGAAAACCUUCAGAAACAAUUCAGGUCUCAAAGUCCACAGGAGGCUCCACACUGGGGAAAAACCAUACAAAUGUGACGUGUGCGGGAAAGCCUACAUCUCACGUUCUAGCCUUAAAAACCACAAAGGAAUCCAUCUUGGGGAGAAGCCCUAUAAAUGUAGCUAUUGUGAGAAAUCCUUCAAUUAUAGUUCUGCCCUCGAACAACAUAAGAGGAUUCAUACGAGGGAGAAACCUUUUGGGUGUGAUGAGUGUGGAAAAGCCUUCAGAAAUAAUUCAGGCCUUAAAGUACAUAAGCGAAUCCACACUGGGGAGAGACCUUACAAAUGUGAAGAAUGUGGGAAAGCCUAUAUCUCACUCUCAAGCCUUAUAAACCAUAAGAGUGUGCACCCUGGGGAAAAGCCCUAUAAGUGCGAGGAGUGUGAAAAAGCCUUUAUCACAUACCGAACCCUUAUAAACCACAAAAAAAUUCAUCUUGGGGAGAAGCCCUACAAAUGCGAUGUGUGUGAGAAAUCUUUUAACUACACGUCACUCCUUUCUCAGCACAAAAGGGUUCACACUCGAGAGAAGCCCUACGAGUGUGAUAGGUGUGAGAAGGUUUUCAGAAACAACUCCAGCCUUAAAGUGCAUAAAAGAAUUCAUACAGGGGAGAAACCCUAUGAAUGUGAUGUGUGCGGAAAAGCCUACAUCUCACACUCAAGCCUUAUUAACCAUAAAAGUACCCACCCUGGCAAGACACCCUAUACGUGUGAUGAAUGUGGAAAAGCUUUUUUCUCAAGCAGAACUCUUGUGAGCCAUAAAAGAGUCCAUCUUGGGGAGAAACCUUUUAAAUGUGUUGAGUGUGGGAAAUCUUUCAGUUACAGCUCGCUCCUUUCUCAACACAAGAGGAUCCACACAGGAGAGAAACCCUACAUAUGUGAUAGGUGUGGUAAGGCAUUCCGGAACAGCUCAGGCCUCACAGUGCAUAAGAGAAUCCACACAGGCGAGAAACCCUAUGGAUGUGAUGAGUGUGGGAAGGCAUACAUCUCACACUCGAGUCUUAUCAACCACAAAAGCAUCCACCGUGGUCAGCAGCCCUAUAAUUGUGAGUGUGGGAAGUCCUUCAAUUAUAGAUCAGUCCUUGACCAGCACAAAAGGAUCCACACUGGAAAGAAGCCAUACCGGUGUAAUGAGUGUGGGAAGACUUUUAAUACCAGGUCAGAUCUCACCAAGCAUAAAAGAAUCCAUACAGGAGAGGAAUCUUUAAAUGUGCCGAAUGUGGGGAGUUACAGUGGUACAACACAGAAGAGAACUUAUGAGGGUGGGGAUGUUCUGGAUGGGGCCAGGAUGAGCUUGUCUCUGUAGGAGGCAGAGCUUACCAAGUCUCAGAACUCAAGUGGAAGAAAAACCUUAUGAAUGUAAGAAUAUCUGAGGUCCUUGUUCAUGGCUUAUAAUUUACAUAGUACAAAUGAAACCAUGAGUAACCUGUGCUUCAGGGAAGCCUCCAUUGUCAAAAUAGUUGAGCCCUUAUGGAAUACAAAACAGUUUAUACUGGUGAUAAAACCUAUCAGAAUGAUACGAUGUUAAAACCUUCAAAAUAAGCAGACAUUUCUGGACAUGAAACACAUGGGUGAGGAAAGGAUUUCGAUCAGAAGUCACACAGUCACCAUUAGAAAGUUCAUAUUUGGGUAAAUUUUGUGAAUCUAAAUGUGGGACAUUCAGGUGUAUCUUUUGAGUCCCAAUUAUACAUUGGUCAGCGGAAAUAACCCAAGAAGGGCCUCCAGUAGGCACAUUCAGGGAGAGAUAGGCUUCAGGGAAUAUAAACUUAUUUAUUAGUAGCACUCAUGAAGUAAAAGCUUUAUUAUAUAAUUCAGUGGUUUGGGGCGAGGUGAUGACAAGUUUUGAAACAAAAUUUGAAUUUUGUAGGGAAAUUUAAAAAGUGUAGACUUAAUCUAAUAGGAGAUAUGAGAGUCAGUCUGAAGAAAUGCAGGUUGAUUGGACUAUACUGUUGUAGUGUGGUACACUAGUUGAGUAGGGGAACCUAAAAUCUCCAGAUGCACCCCGUCAUUGAAUGAUAAAUGUGUGCUGAGUGAAAACCCCAUGUUAUACUGCAAAUGAAAGGUUCUAUCAUCGAGAAAAAUAGAGCACACUCAGUAACUAAGGGAACAUGUCUUUAAUAUGAAUUUGCACAAGAAUUGAUUCAGGGAUUCCUAGGAAUAGGAAUACUGAAAAGGAGGGCAUUUUAUUGCAGGAGGUAAAAAGCUAAGUAACUACCAAUAAUUGGGGGAUAGGAAGAGAUUCCUGCUUCUCAAUCCUGUUAAAUGAUAGAUUGUUUUGGACUGUGUUAUUGUAAAGAUUUCAUGCACUACCUGUGUGUAUUAUCUGUUGUAAAAUGUUAUGAAUAUAUUGUUCAGGGCUCCCUCUCUUGGCCAUGAAGAGGCAGGUAGUUGUGGCAAGGUAAAGUGGAUCUCCAAUAAAGAAUUCUU